AUGCUGACCAUUAUUACAAAGCUACAAACUAUAUCUGAGAACGAGACGCCAAAUGAGAAUGUUACUGAGGCUUCCAAUUAUCACUCUCCCUUCUUCUCCACUUCCAAAACCAAUCUCAACCCACCACCAAAAAUGUCUUCCCUCUCAGAACUUCUCGCCAAAGAAGGUUUCGAAGGCGAAAGAUCACUCCAAGCAAGGCGGAACUUACUGAAACACAGAGACAAAGUUGCACCAGACAGAGAUUCCAUAGCUCUUCCUCUCUACAUCUGCCACGCCAACAAUGGCCGCAAAAACCGCUGCUCUUCCAAGCAGAGGAUUGAGAAACCUCUAACGGUAAAUGGGUCGUCGGUGUUUUCGUCGAAAAGGGUCGGUUCGGUCUCCGAAAGAUCGAAUUCCAAGUCCUCCGUAUCAGAGUUUUCGAGAAGAGAAGAUCCCGCAAUUGACGAAGUCUCUGUCCGAGCUGUUGUUUCUAUACUCAGUGGAUACGUCGGAAGGUUCAUAAAGGAUGAGAAUUUCCGAGAAAAUGUCCGGGAAAAGUGUGUUUCAUGUUUGGCGAGAGGGAAAACAGAUUUGGACGAUGAGAUUUUCGAGAGACUAGAAAUAAGUAUUCAAAGUGUGGACAAGUUAUUGGAAGAGAAAGGAGUAAAUAAGGAAAGAAUAGUAGAAAAUGUAAUCCAGAUUUUGAGUGCAGCUGCUUCCACAAACGCUAAGAAAGGAAAUGAUCCAUAUAUCUCUGCUUGUGCUCAACUUUACUUGUCAAUUGUUCACAAGAUUGAGAGAAAUGAUGGAAAAUGUACUACACACUUGCUUCAAGUUUUUUGUGAUUCUCCGUUUUUGGCAAGAACGCAUUUGGUUCCCGAUCUUUGGGAGCAUUUUUUUCUCCCACAUCUUUUACAUCUCAAGGUUUGGUACACCAACGAGCUUGAGUUUCUUACGGACUUGGAGUGUCGUGAGAAGGAGAAGAAAAUGAAAACCUUGAGUAAGGUUUACAAUAAGCAAAUGGAUAAAGGAACUGUUGAGUUUGCUUUGUACUACAAAAAGUGGCUUAAAGUUGGGGUUGAAAAUGCUCCUGUUGUUCCUCUAAUUCCUUUGCCAGUUAGACCUUACAGAGCUUCUAGAAGGUCAAUGGAUACAUGUAGCACACAUUCCUCAGUUAACAACAACUUAUAUCGAGUUGUGUUUGGCUCCAAGCUUGGGAGGAAAUCUGAGAAUUUUGCUGAUCAAAGUCCAGCUCUGAGGGACAUGCGAGAUGUAAAUGAAGAGGAAAUUUUGGAUGAAGAUAAGGAUGACAACAACAAUGGAAGUUUUCUUCAUAGGGAGCAAAGAUCAUCGAGCCUAUUUGAAAGGAAUUGGAAAUCUGAGUUAUGGAGAGACACACAAAAAUCAGAAAAUUUUAGAUUAUUUACCUGUCAGCAGACUGCGCCGUUACAGUUGGAAUGUUUGACAAGCGGCAAUCAUUUGUCAAAGAAUAGCUCGGUUCGGAAAAAGGAAGAGACUAGAAAUGUUUCGAGCAAUUUAAGCAGGGCUAUUGCAUCUGUUUGCUCCUCUGAUAGUCUAAGCGAGUGUGAAGUUGCCAUUCGUACAAUCACGAGAGCUUGGUUGGAUUCACGCGGCGAUCCUAUCAUUGAAGACGCAUUGUCAAAAGCACCUGUGAUUGAGGGAAUGCUUGAGGUGCUGUUUGCUUCUGAAGAUGAUGAAAUUUUAGAACUAGUAAUAUCGAUUCUGGCCGAACUCGUUUCGCGAAGCGAUCUAAACAGACUGAUAGUACUGAAUUUUGACCCUCAGCUCGAUAUCUUCAUGAGACAUUUAAGAAGCACGAGUCUGUUCUUAAAAGCUGCUGUUCUGCUUUACCUGUCAAGGCCAAAGGCGAAGCAAAUGGUAUCGGUCGAGUGGGUGCCAUUAGUUCUUCGAGUUACAGAGUUCGGAGACCAGUUGCAGACUCUAUUCACAGUGCAAUGCAGCCCUUUGGUGGCAGCAUUUUACCUUUUGGACCAAAUCCUUACAGGUUUUGAUGAAGACAGAAACCUAGACAACGCGCGACAAGUGGUUUCUCUAGGAGGUUUGAGCAUGCUGACGGAUAAGAUUAAGAUAGGAGAUACCACUGAGAGGAUCAAUGCUGCUAUGUUCAUCUCGUGUUGCAUCCGAGCCGAUGGAAGCUGUAGAAACUACUUAGCUGAAAAUUUGAGCAUAGAUUCGCUCAUCGAACUGGUUCUUCUGGAAUAUCACAGGAAUCCCUGUGGCUCAGCAUUUGAUUUGUUGAUUGAAUUAAUCUGCCUUAGUAGGAGAACACAGAUAAAUAAAAUCUUGUACAUACUCAAAGAAGGCUGGGGUAGUUUAAACAUCAUGCACAUCUUAUUAGCCUAUCUCCGAAAGGCUCCAUCGGAAAAACGCCCGCUAGUUGCGGCCAUAUUGUUACAGCUUGAUCUCCUGGAAGAUCCUUCAAAGUGCAGCAUAUACAGAGAAGAUGCAGUUGAAGCAAUUAUAGAAGCCUUGGAUUGUCAAAUAUAUAAUGAAAAUGUCCAAGAGCAAUCUGCGAGAGCUCUUCUUAUGCUAGGAGGUCGAUUUUCUUACACCGGGGAUGCAACAAUAGAAAACUGGCUUUUAGAACAAGCAGGCUUCAACGAAUUUGGGAUCAAUUCUUACAACAGAACUGAAUUUAGAGCGGAUGAAGAGGCAGCAGAAAACUGGCAGAAAAAAGCAGCAGCUGUCUUGUUCAAGAGUGGCAACAAGAGAUUACUGGAUGCCCUUUCGGUUUCCAUAUCGAAUGGCAUUUCGAGUUUGAGCCGAGCAAGCCUAAUCACGGUUUCGUGGAUGUGCACAUUUCUUCAUUUGGUUGGAGAUGAAAAUCUGCAGCUAAUGGCGUGCUCAAUUCUUGUACCUCAGUUUGUGGCAUCCUUGAGUUAUGACAAAGAUGUGGAGGGAAAAGUGCUUGCAUCAUACUCGUUACUAAAUCUCACAAAGCAUUCAGCAGAGUGUGUAUCAAUGCUCUUAUCAUUGGACAAAGAUCAUUUGCUCAGUCAUCUUAAGCAGCUUCGUUUAGUAACAUGGACAGCUGACGAGCUUCUUUCGAUUAUCAUGAACCGAGUACAGGGCCUGAUGUAAGUUUUUUUAU